UAGUGUGGUGCCUGAGAGACUUCUAUUUUGGACCUGAACCGACUUGUUCUGUUAUUUAAAGAACACAUUGUUGUACUGAAUACUUGUUGAGAGAUUAUCAAAAUAGAACAAGAAGUUGCUAACCUGUGGGGAAAAAGGGCAAUCUUCCUAAAUGAGUUGUUAACUAAAUUAUUUUGUUUUGUUAUUUGAUGUCUGUUUGCCUUUUGUAUUUUCAGUAAUAACCGAAUCGCACAUGAGGAUGGAGGUUGAAUCAUGUAGUUAUUAUGAAGGGAAAUGAUUCACCUAAAAGUACUACUAAUAGCGCUGUUUGUCACCUUUCAAUGAACACACAUCAUUUUUGGACAAGUACAGUAUGCUUGUUUUCAGGUUAGAUUUAUAGAGAAGAAUGUCAUAUUUUUCUUUAAUAUAUAAACCUAUAUUUACCUCUUUUUUUUUUUGUGAAAAAGGGAUUGUGACAUUUCAUUUUACAAUAUGAUUAGGUUGAUGCUUAUUUUGACCAGCGAGUCAAUAAAAUGCAUCGAGGUAAAACUUUUUUUUUUCUAGUCACACAAAUAUGUCUUGACAUUCAAAAGCUCAUGUGCCGUAGAAAAAAUGUCAUCAUGAAAGAUAAUUGAACUUUUACCAGGCUCGUUUUCCUUUGAAUUUCUAACAAAAUGCUCUGUGUUUUCUAUUUUUAAUCUUGUAAUUUCUCUGUAUAUAAAACAAAUGGGGGGUAUGGCGGUAAGAGUACCGUCUUGUACAACAUGAUCAAUUCGUGCUGUGCAAACCAGUUCAAUGUGUGCCUUCGUAACCUCAAAAUGUCCUAAUUACAGUACAUAUUUGUCUGGAAAACACUUACAGGCCAUGACUAUGAACUAUUCAAAAUGAAAAGCAUUACGGCGGUAACCGGGCGUGCCUUUUUGUGCUGCGUGACAAUGGUAGUCGUACACUGCUCCGUAAACUAGUUAAUUGUGCACCUCGAGGAGACUGUGUUACUAUUGUGAACAAUUUUGCAACCCGCUAAAUGUAUUACAGGGGAAUCGGCGAUUAUUAUUAUUUUUUUAAGAGGCUGUGUAAUGCGGACCCCUUGCGGCCACUUCGAGAACUGCUAAUCACCGGGCCGGAUAAACUUGACUCUUGACCCAACAUAAUUCCGACAUGGACGUCAAAUGCUUGUGACGACCUCACUCUCCACAUGACCGAACUCGGCGUCGCGUUUCAUACCGGAAAUCUCUGCCGCUCGUAUACUGUACAUUUAGUCACCGCUUGGUCAACCGAACCCUGAAGCUGCUUAGCCUACUUAGCUAACGAAAGUAGCUCAUGCUGCAUGUUUGUAGCGUCCUUCCCCAGCACCACACCCGCCGGGAGUCAACCCGAACCCACUGUUUGAUGGAAGGGUGAGGGGGAAACGAUGCUGUCAUUCCUCCACAUCCUGCUAACGGGUUUGUUAGGGGUUCUGCGGGACAGAGUCACUGCCUUCGACAGGAUCAGACUUGUGAAUGGCGAGAACAAGUGUUCCGGCCGUGUCGAGAUUCUCCGACAUAACCAGUGGGGGACAGUUUGCGACCACGGCUGGGACCUCCGCGACGCUGACGUGGUGUGCCUGCAGCUGGCGUGUGGCUUGGCAGAGUCUGCCCUCCACGGGGCAGCUUUUGGUAUGGGCAGGGGGCAGAUCUGGCUGAGGCACGUUCAGUGCUCGGGACACGAGUCCAGUUUGACCCGCUGUGCCGUCAUCCUGCAUAGUCACACCCAUUGCACCCAUGAAAAUGAUGCAGGGGUAAAAUGCUCAGGUACCCUUUUCAUGCCCAUCCUUUCACUAUUGUCACCCCACACCGUGUUCUCUUCCGGAGAGGCAGUCCGGUUCAGCUGCAGCGUCUUGUCAGGUCACCACGUCAGCGACUUCCACCUGUACAAGCAUGGAGCGUCCACGCCCGUGGUGACGCAGAGGGCCGAGAUGAGUCAGUCACGGGUGGAGAUGACUAUGUCCGACAUAGACACAUUCCACCAGGGCAGCUAUAGCUGUCGCUACAGGGUCAGAGGCAGCUCGCCUUCUCAACUGCUCAGCUCUCCACCCAGCAACUCUGUCAACAUCACUGUGGUGGAACUCCUGACCCCCCGGCACUGGUACAACACAUCCUCUGAAGCCCCGGCUGGCUCCGUCAUCAAGGGCCACAGUUUUAACAUCACGUGCUCCACACCGCAGCCGUACCCUGGAGGCUCCUUUCAGCUGCGACUCAUCCGUCCCAAUGGCACAGUGCGCCACUCUCUGCCUGCCCUCAGCCCCUCCAUCACGUUCAACUUUGCCGGCGCUCAGAGCUCAGAUGAGGGCUACUAUUACUGCCUGUAUCGGGUCCAGCUGGGGGGGCGCACCUUUGUCUCCAGAGAGAGCCAGGCUCUGCCCAUAUCUAUAAGAGACCCAGAUCCAGUUCUGAGUCCAGUGAUGAUCAGUUGGCUAGUGUCUGGCCUGACAUUUGUUGUUGCUGUCAUUAUAAUUAUCAUUGUGGCCAAGGUGCUGUGCAACAAGGAGAGGAAACCUUCUGAACUGGAGCGAGAGACCAGAUCCUGUGUGGAAAACACUUAUGUUGCAUUGUCAAUUAACAAGCGAUGAUGACAUAUGCAGCCAAGCACAAUGCUGAAUGAAGCAGAGACUAUGCGUAGGAAAUUAAAACGGAGCUUGGGUUUCUGCUUUACAACCCUGGGAAGUGGACCGUGCAAGGGCUCUGGCUGUGUCCAUGAGGGAUUCAUGUAGAACCACAGAACCAGUUGGCUUGGUCAGCAAUCCAGAACUACAACCACUUCACCACUGAUUGGAUGGUACAAGGUUUUCACUGUAUUUUAAAUUUCUGUAUCUCCGUAACAUCUGCUAACUAUUACGACACUUGGAGAUGCAGUAUGUUAUGGAAAGUUGACUUAUUACUCUCUGCCCACCCAUGAAGUGUGAAAUUAAACAACCAAGUAAUUAUGUUGGUAACUGCCUAUUUCUGAAAAUUUGUCUGUGAGCCAUUCUGAAUUUUGCCUCGCUGCGAGGUAACAGUGCAGCUGAUUUGCAUUACCACCAACCCGAGUUUCUUAGCUCUUGACUUGACAUCGAGGCCGGGCUGGGGCCAGACGGCACAGAAGCACUAUUAUGUCCGUGCCAAAAGGUACGCUGGGUCGCAGUGUUGGUACAUUCCACUUAGCACAUAUCUGUUUGGUGACGUUGUCGACGUGGGGGUCAGGGAGUAUUUGUGUUUUUGUACGGUAUGUGCCAGCACUAGUCAAAACAUGGUACUCUGAUUAAUAAUUUAUGAAUGUAAGGAGGAUGGUUACAAACAGCAGCCUGGUAAAUAAUGAGUGGCACAGUGGAGCAAAUGAUAAAUUCACAACCUGAAAUUAGAACCUUGGGAUAGGAUUUCUCAGGUUUCCUUUAUUGUAUUGAUUGUACUAAUGCGACGUGAUAGAGGUUUAUUAAGUGACAUAGUGGUUUCCAAGUUUGCAGUACCUUUACAAACCAGCCACAUUACGACUAUUUGCAGUAAAAGAAAAGAAAAAAAAUCCAAUACUCGAGCUGUAUUAAAUAUUCUGCAAAGUAAUAUUUAGUUUUGAUUUACACUAUCAGAGGUAUUCAGUUAAUGUUUAACUGAACAGCGUCAUAAGAGCUGUACAUUUUGGUUAUCUAAAUUACUUCUAUGAGAGUCCAAUAUACUGUAUUAGGAACAACAUCUCAUUAUGAGGCAGCAGAGUUGUACAAAUGAAUUCUAGUAAAUUGCCUCUCACAGUUCCAGUCCAGACUGAACAUUACCUAGGUAAAGGCAGAAUUUUAGAUACUGUUCUUGUACUGGGCAUCAUCACACAGGAUCGUGCAGGAGGUCGUAUUGUGAUAGAUGGCUGGUGUACAGUUUAUUAACAACAUAUGAACACUCGAGGUCACAGCAAACCUGGUGAAUCGGUCAGGAAAAGGGCAAAGAGGGGUUUCAAAGUGUGACAACUUUACUUAAUGUAGAACUGCUGGACACAGGGCCUUCUCCAGCGGUUUUUGUAAUAUUGCACCUUUGAGGUUCCACUUUAUUCAAACAUCAAUGAAGAGAUGUACAACCCCAAUUCCAAUGAAGUUGGGACGUUGUGUUAAACAUGAAUAAAAACAGAAUACAAUGAUUUGCAAAUCAUGUUCAAUCUAUAUUUAAUUGAAUACACUACAAAGACAAGAUAUUUCAUCUUCAAACUGAUAAACUUUGUUUUUAGCAAAUACUCAUUAACUUGGACUUUUAUGGCUGCAACAUGUUCCAAAAAGGCUGGGACAUGGCCAUGUUUACCACUGUGUUACAUCACCUUUUCUUUUAACAACAUUCAAUAAACGUUUGGGAACUGAGGACACUAAUGUGGUGAUAUCCUUUACACAUUGAUGUAUUGAUUUUUGAUGCAGUGCUGCCUGAGGGAUCGAAGGUCACGGGCAUUCAAUGUUGGUUUUGGGCCUUGCCGCUUACAUGCAAUGAUUUCUCCAGAUUGUCUGAACUUUUUGAUAUUAUGGACCGUAGAUGAUUAAAUCCCUAAAUUCCUUGCAAUUGUACAUUGAAGUUAUAUUCAAUGAAAUAUAGGUUGAACAUGAUUUGCAAAUCAUUGUAUUCUGUUUUUAUUUAUGUUUAACACAACGUCCCAACUUCAUUGGAAUUGGAGUUUUAAAUGAAUGGCCCCUAUUUAUUGCCAUAAGCCUUGCGCCCGAGAUGACUAAAAUAGAGCCAAUGCGUUCAAAGUUAGUGUUCUGGCUCAAUUCAGCAUUAAUGCACAUGUAUUGAGAGCGGCUCCUCGCUCAAGUGGCACGAUGUGACUUUUCAGCAUUUUUUUUUUUUUUUUUUUUUUUUUAAGCACUCUCCACUAACUUGUGUUCCUGGUUCUACAGAGCAAUGAUUUAUGAUAAAUGUUUUUUGUUUGUUUUGUUUUUUUAAUUUAACCCAUCUAAGCAUCUUGUCAUUUGUGUACAUUGCUGCAUAUAAACAUGUAAAUGUCACUGUGAAUAAAAUGCUAUUGUUGAGUUGAAUGCAUUGCA